GCGGGGCGCGGCGCGGGGCGCAGGGCGCGGGGGACGCGCGGGCUCGGCGGGCGCACAGCCGCGGCCCGGGCGCGCGGCGCGGGGCGGAAAAGCCUGUUUACACAGCCUGCACACCGCCCGGGGAAUAAUGCAGUAAAGGAAGUGAGCCGGCUCGGCCUGACUGCUCCAACUUCCUGCUCUCACACACACCAGAGGGGGAAAGAGAAAAAAAAGAGGAGCGAGAGAAAGAAAAAAAGGGGGGGAUCAGGAUCUCAUUACAGGAGCAACAGACCGUCUGCAGACGCCUGUCAGCAUGGAAAGCCGGGGGCUUUCGCCCGGGUCCUCCUAGAAAUUCCCCCGGAGAAGAACUGAGCGCUCCCCCACAUCUGGGUAUGGAGAGUGCCAUCACCCUGUGGCAGUUCCUGUUGCAGCUGCUGCUGGACCAGAAGCACGAGCACCUCAUCUGCUGGACCUCCAACGAUGGCGAGUUCAAGCUCCUCAAGGCGGAGGAGGUGGCCAAGCUGUGGGGACUCCGGAAGAACAAGACGAAUAUGAACUACGACAAGCUGAGCAGAGCCCUGCGCUACUACUACGACAAGAACAUCAUCAAGAAGGUGAUUGGGCAGAAGUUUGUGUACAAGUUCGUCUCCUUCCCCGAGAUCCUGAAAAUGGAUCCGCACACGGUGGAGAUCAGCCGGGACAGCCUCUUGCUGCAGGACAGCGACUGUAAGGUGGCCCCGGACAAGCAUGGCCUGGCUGCCCUCAAGAGCGCCAGCCGCAACGAGUACAUCCACUCGGGGCUGUACUCCUCCUUCACCAUCAACUCCCUGCAGAACGCCCCUGAGGCCUUCAAGGCCAUCAAGACGGAGAAGCUGGAGGAGCCCCUUGAAGACAGCCCCCCAGUAGAAGAAGUCCGGACUGUGAUCAGGUUUGUGACCAAUAAAAGCAACAAGCACGUCACCAGGCCCGUGGUGUCCCUGCCCUCCACCUCCGAGGCUGCUGCAGCCUCCGCCUUCCUGGCCUCGUCCGUCUCAGCCAAGAUCUCCUCUUUAAUGUUGCCAAACACCGCCAGCGUUUCUUCCGUGUCGCCCUCCUCCUCUCGGUCCCCAUCCCUGUCCCCCAACUCACCCCUCCCUUCCGAACACAGAAGCCUCUUCCUAGAGGCCAGCGGCCAAGACUCGGAUUCCCUGGAGCCCUUGAACCUGUCAUCGGGCUCCAAGACCAAGUCUCCAUCUCUUCCCCCCAAAGGCAAAAAACCCAAAGGCUUGGAAAUCUCCGCACCCCCGCUGGUGCUCUCAGGCGCCGACCUCGGCUCCAUCGCCCUCAACAGCCCAGCGCUCCCCUCGGGGUCCCUCACCCCCGCCUUCUUCACCGCGCAGACUCCAAGCGGAUUGCUUCUGACCCCGAGCCCGCUGCUUUCGAGCAUACAUUUCUGGAGCAGCCUCAGUCCGGUCGCUCCACUGAGUCCUGCCAGGCUGCAAGGGCCAAACACGCUGUUUCAGUUCCCCACACUGCUCAAUGGCCACAUGCCAGUGCCAAUCCCCGGUCUGGACAGAGCUGCUUCUCCAGUACUGCUCUCGUCGAGCUCUCAGAAAUCCUGAUGACGUCUGGCCACCAUUAAGGACUCAUUAACUGAUGAAACCAAUUUAUCCCCAUGGGCUAGUUUACCUGUGUCAGGAGAAGGACAUUGUGAAACUCUCUAUUAAUUUGGUUUGCACUUUUCAUAACAUGGAUAGUUCAGACUUGUGUUAGCAUUUUAAAAACUGUUUUUUUAUAUAUUCAAGUAUAUAUGAAAAUCUGUUUUACAUUAAGUGAAUUUUAAUGUUUUUGUUUUUAUAUCCUCUUAGUUCUUAAGUGUUGAACACUGUUGACAGUGAAGAACUUUUCCUAAUGUUUUCAGUAUAACUAAUAAGGAUGUGAAGCUUUUUUCUGUAAUUCUGCCUAUGCUGAACUGUGCUUAUAUAUGUACUAUAACCAGCUGUGCCUUCCUUUGCAUUUACUUUUAUGUAAAUGAUUUAUAUAUUUUUUAGUAUUAAGAGAAAAUGUUUGAAAGACAAAAAUUAGUAUUGAGCAGAUCUCUAGUAGAACUUUGUUAUUUUUCACCAGUAGGCAAAAUAUGAAAACAUAUCCGUAUCACUUUUUCAUUUUUGCUUUCAAUUGUAGAAUUGCCUUAGAACCUCUUUUAAAAAGAAAUUCAGUAAAUGUAAUGUCAAAUAAUGUUUUUAUAAAAAUAAACUAAGCCAUAUUUAGAUAACAAGCCCUCAUAAAUGAAAAUGUUCUAAAAUGCAUUUUAAAAAAUGAACUUUGAAAGGAUAGCCUUUUACCUGUUCUAAUUAAAAGCUACAAGUUCACAAUAUCUAAUACCCCCAGAAUACUUUCUAGAUGAGCAUGUUAUUUUAUAAAAUUAGCCCUCACCGCCGUAUUUUCCAUAGAAAACCUCAGAUACUUAACUCAGUCAAUGGGAAUUAGAGUUUCUUUAAUUCCCUAGAACUUUAGUAUUUUUAAAAAAACUCUAGUGUUUUGGAAGAGACUCAGACUGGUGAUAAAUUCCAACAGAGAAGCAAUGUGGGCCUUCUAGUAAUCUUUGCAUGUGUAGGUUUUCACAAUUUCUGAUGGUCAAAAGAUGCACUGUAUCACAAAUACAGAACUGGAAGUCCUGGACGCUUUGCCUGUGGAGGUUGGAACAGGAUGCAUUGUUUUACAUAUUACUAAAUUUACGGUGAGAAUGAAGGAAAUCUGAUAAAAGAAAAAUUCUUCAGGAACCUCAUCAUCUGAUUAUGUAACAAUUUGGAAUAGUCUGCAGUCAGUUCUUUUGUGUAGUGUAGCUCAGAAUGGUGGUGACAGAAACAUAUUUUCUGUUCUUUCAAAAAAUCAGUAAACACCACUUCAAGAGGCACUACUUAUUCAUGAAAUAAAAAGACUCAGAUCAAAAUAGGAGAGCUGGAAAGUGCCUGGUGCUUCAAAUUCAAAACUAGGUUAACUAGAAUCCUUAACUAUAACUGACAGAAACCAAUUUGAAGUAUGACUAAGUAACUGAUCCAAAACAAAACCAACAACGGGCAUUUAAAAGGUAGGGAUUAUGGAAAAAAAAAUGUCUUAAAUUUUCAAAAAAAUUUAAAAAUUAUGUUCAGAUACUUAUACAAUAAAUUUUCUAUUGGAAAUGAACACUUCUGUAUGUGGAUAUGGGUGUUCUUACCAAGGGGGGAAAAAAAAAAUCUCAAACACUCCAAUACACUUCUGACUAUAAAGUAAUGGGACUGGUUCCAAGAUCCACAAAUAUGACAACUAUGUCACUCACUCAUUGGGUAAUAAUUCUGUACUAAAACAAAGGAACUGGUAAUCACAGAAUGGGAACGUGAAGGCUAGAAGGGGCCUUUGAGAAGGAGACCCUCUACCUGGUUUCAAGUGCCCAGAAGCAGCUGUGGGCUGCCUCGAGCCACCCAGCUCAUGGAGGACAGCGCAGUGGCAGAUGCCAGUAGUGCUCCCUCGUUCCCCUGAAGCCCAGCUGUACGGAACUACUGGUCCAAAAAUUAUGUUAGGUAAAAAAACACAUGAACACAUCCAAAAUGCAAGGUUCUUAUAAAGGAACUUAGGGAACUUAAUGUGCAAAAAUUUCAAAGGCGAAUACUUUUUUUAAAAUAUAGUCUUAGCACGCCAGUGUUCAUUAGAAAUACUUAAAUGACUAUAAGCCUGAUUAUUUUCUUUUCUCCCCAAUACUGUGAUUAACAUGUAUACUAGAUAAUGAUUAUCAGAAAUGAAAAAGCAUCAUUUUAAUGGAUCAAAGUCUUUGCUGUAAUGCAAAUAAAACUGGAGGUAUUAAAGAGUAGCUCUUACAACCCUGCCUUGUGUGUGUGUGUGUGUGUGUGUGUGUGUGUGUUGUUUUAGGUUCAAAAAACCCAUUAACUUCUUCCUCUUUUAGGUUUGCUUGAGCAGUGUUAAAGUGAUACAGCUGUUUGUUGGAACUAUAUACCCUGAAUGUUGGUCUCUUUGUACACAUCUUUUCUAUUAUUAUUGCAAAUUUUCAUUCACUUUCAUAUAUGUAUCAUUUUUACUGUAAUAUUAUUUUUGUUGAAUAAAUACUUUGUGAUAAAAGGUG